GAUCAGGUAGGCGAGAAACCGAGGGGCGGGGCAGCCAGCAAGAGUGGUGGUGGCGCGUCCGGAAGUCUAGAGAAGACGACCGCAACAGCACCAUCUAAAAUAUUGCAAGAGGAUGCCGGCUCGUUCGCAAGUACAAUUGCAGCUGAUGGUAGUAUCGGCACUAGUGAUGGUAUGGAAGGAGAGUGUGAAAAUCCAACAUCAUUAUAGUCAAUAAUACGAGCAAGAAUCUACGUUUGAAAAAUAGAUUUGAUACAUCAAAUUAUAUCUUCACAAUUCUUGUUCUUGUAGAGAAUGAUAACAAAUUUCACUCGGCUGAUGCUUCAUUUAGGGAGGUGCGAGUUUCAGAUUCAGCGUCGCGUGGAGCACGGCUAGUUCUGACGAUAUUACGGCACAAUGCAGUCCUGAUCUUUCGGCAGUUGAUUCGAAUAACAGCAAUUCCGAGACGCACGUCGUGACCACCAAGACGAAGACUCAGGAGAAUGUGAGCGCACCGCCAGCAGCUCGCAUU